GCCGUUUCACUGUCAUCUAUCUAUCUACAGGUCUGCUAUCAAACAUAGUGUAUCAUGAUUAACUUUUGUUGUUCGAUUGUAAUUAUCCUUUGCACACUUGAUGUGUCUCAUGGCGGCAUUCUAUCUGGAAAAUGCAGAUCGUCAAACGGAACUUGCGGUCAAAGAGGUUAUUCGUGUGAUGCUACGUUUGGGGAAGGAUGGAACCAGUUUGGUAAAUGUUGCAACGAAAGACCAUGUUGCAAAUCGCAAUGUGUUCCGGAAACUUGCCCAAAGAGGUUCACGUUGUUACCUAACCAAUCAGAUAGUACUAAUUGUUAUUUCGAUAGUGGUGAGAAUAGGUUAGAAGAUGAUAAACAGUGGGAACACGCUCUGUUGAAUUGUACCGAGACACCAGGUGCCUACCUGUGGAGACCAAAUACUAUAGAAGAAACUGAAGCCGUUAACAAAGAAUUUAAUCUCAAAGGUCGUAAUGUAUGGACCGGUGCAAGGGAUUACAACUCAGAUGGAAACUUUAGAUUUGCCAUAGAAAAUAGUUCAUUAGUUUCAUUAAAAGCUGUCCCAUUUGGAAUAGCCAGUGAAAACCUUGCUGCAGAUAGUGAUUGUGUGAUAAUAUAUUUCUUUGGUCGUCCCAUUAAUUCGUGGAUUUGGGCAGACUACCCUUGUCGCAGUCUUAUUCGCUACAUAUGUGAAUAUCCAAGAAAAGUUUGUCCAUAGAGAUUUUAACACUGCCAACGUUGUUUUUUUAUUUAAAAAAAAUAUUGUCGGGAAUUAAAAUUAUUAAAAGCUGA